UGCAUGAGAAAACAACUCCAAAUCCCAAGUCAUUUAGGAGCGCAUACAUCUCUAUCAACACUGGAGAUUCCUAAUCCAAGUCGAAAAACAAUCUCUCGCUCUUCUCUGUAUAUAUAAAUAAGAGAGAUACACUCUCAAACCCGUUGGCAAACAAAAUCUCUUUUUAUGUACGCUCUUGCUCUCUAGCUAGAUCUUCAUCAGCAUGUCGAACGGUAAAGGCCCUAUGUCGGACGAUGAUGAUGAUGGAGAAUACCCUAUACCGAACGAUACUAGCUCUAUGUUCAGCGCUUUCCAGAAGCUUUUUCUCCAGAGCAACAACAAUAACAACGAACUAGAAGAAUCCAGCCACAUGAUCAACAAACCAAGAGAAUCCAACUACAUGAUCAACAGAAACAAAAACCACAAUCUCAACAUUCAAUAUAACCUUGAUCAGGUUUCUCUAGGAGCUUCUCGUCGUCUCCCUCAAGCCGCUGGCUUCAGAGCUCCUCCUCCGCCCCCUCCUUUGUCGUGGAUCACCCAACCACAUGCUUCUUCCUCCACCUAUUCCGGCCAACGUCACUCGGCUUAUCCUCAGAGUUGUUUGAGGUCCGAAAUCCUUCGUGAUCAAGAGAUGUUAUAUCUACUGUUGAACAUGAUGACGUGUCCAACACGCGACUCUAAGUUCCCAAGGUACCUCGAAACAAUCGACACCUAUCAAACGGUUAAGAGGGAGAGAUGCUUGUUACAUAUCGGUUCAAUGAUAACCACAACCAACUCCAUCUUUUUCGAUUUGGCAAGAAACCAAAACGGCUCACACGCUUUACGAGCCCUACUUAGACGCAGCUCUCGCUUGGACGCAAUCAUAUUCGAAGCCGUCUGCGAAAACUUCAUGUGGCUCAUGAACGAUAAGUUCGGUCGUUACUUGAUCGUCCCCACUAUACGAGCCGUCGAUGAACCCAGGAAAGAGAUGCUCUACAAGCUCACGUUUCAAAACACUCUCUCACUUGCGGUAGAAGAAACCGGAUGUGUUGCCCUAAACGCGGUGUUUCAAGAGAUUAAAGGCCGAUUCAGAGACCUAAUCUUCAACAAAAUCGCGCGGUUAGCGGACUGCUUAGCUCUUCAUCCUUACGGAACUUACGUGGUGCAGGAAUUUCUGACGCUUCAGAACCCGCGUGCAACACAAGCAAUCGCCGAGACUCUUUAUGGAAAUUUCUUCAAGUUAGCCAAGGAGAAAGAAGGAAGCUACGUGGUGGAGAAGUGUCUGAAAUCGGAGUUUGGGAGGGAGAAAGUGUUGGAGGAGUUUAGAAAGAACGAUAAAGAAUGGGUGAGAAUGGCGAAAGAUAAGUUUGGGAAUUAUGUGGCACAGUGUGCGUUGAGAGUGAUGAAGCAGAGAGGAAAGAAAGCAAUGCUGAGAGAGUUUGUGGAGAAGCUACGACCUCACUUUGCGGAGAUGAAGUUUGGGUAUGGGAGGAACACACUGAGAGUGAUUGAAGAAGAAAUUGAGGCAUUUAUUCCUAAGUUUCCAGAUGAUCUGCUGGAUCUUUUGUAUUGAAGGUUUUUUUUUUUUUUUUUUAGGUUGGUUUUCUCUUGUUUUUUCAUUGUGUCUACUCGAUCAUAGUUGUAUUCCAGUUUUUUUGCUUAUUGGGAUUUUUUGUAUCGAGGGUUAUUUCUUUGUUGUUUUUAGGUUGGGUUUCUCUUGUUUUUUCAUUGCCUAUUCGAUCGUAGUUGUAUUCCGGUUUUUUGCUUAGUGGGAUUUUUUUGUAUCGAAGGUUAUUUCUGUUGUUUUUAAGUUG